AUGACUGAAAAUCGUCUAGGUUUGUCAACGUUAGGUGAAGAUGAAGAACGAUCGGCUGUUGAUGCAAAUAGUGGAAGAAUAACUCAUGAUGAUCAACAAGAUGAAUUAGAACUAUUAGAUGAACUAGAAGAUAUUGCACUAAGUGUAAGAACUGAUGCAAAUAAAUUUCGUAUGUUAUGUGAUAAUACUCAAAAUAGUUAUUCAGAUAUUGAUAAUUCAAUGGUUGAAUCACUCGAAUUAAAAGAUAAUUUAAUUCUGGAAUUUUUACCACCAAAUGUUUCAACACGAAUACCAACUGUUAUAUCACGAUUAUAUUGUGCUUAUUCAUUAUCUCACGUACCUAUUAAUGAACUUGUUCCUCUUGUUCAAUUAUAUAGUCAACCAUCUGAUUGA